UGUAGUGACACAAUAAUAUCAUUCUUUAAAUAUGUUUAAACGGCUUUUUAUUGAGAAAUAAUUAUUUAAAUUGAACAAUUUGAUAUGUCGAAAAAUUAUUAAAAUAACAUUUAUGAUUUAAAUUGAAAUAAGACUAUUAUACAUCAAUAACGAACAUCAUGUCUAACAAUCCAAACGAAGCCUUAUUGUAUCGUUUGCAGCAGAUGAAUUUAGACAAUGGCUCACCGGAUUACGAGCACUUUGUUCAAAAUCCUCCACCCAUUAUUCGCCAUGGAAGUCAACCAUCUAGCUAUCAACAACAAGUUUAUCAGUACAUGCCUGAAGAUAUUCCAGGCGGAAUAUAUGAAAACGUCGAAUAUUCUUCAGGUUCAAGAGUUCAAGUUACUGAUCUUGAUGCAAUCGACUUACAAAAGUUUGAAUCAAACAAUGCAAAAGCACAACCUCAAUUAAAAGCAUUUGGAGGAAAAGGAAACUAUCCACAGGAUGUUGAAAACCUUCGUUAUGCUCACACACCUCAACCAUCUGACGUAGAACCGUCACCAAUAUACGAAAAUUUGCAAAUUAUUUCAGGUCAGCAAGCACAACCUCAAGCAUCACCAGCCAAUAAAUCAAUCUACUAUUAUGAAAGGAGUGGAUCAAACAGUCCCCAAAUUCCUUAUCAUGGUCAACGAGAACAUUUAGGAUCAGAUUCUCUUGUUCUAAACACAACAGCAAGCUCUCGAUACAUUAAUAUUGCAAGUGGCGGUAAUGUCUAUCAUGACGCAUCAGCAUCAUUACCUGCUUCAUCAAAUAAUCUCCCUCAAAAAGCAAUGAAUCGAACAGGAAGUGUUCAACAACAACGACAACCCAUCAACAAGGAUUAUGUUCAAAUUAAUCCUCCAAUCAACUUCCAAAAUCAUUCUCAGAAUUCUUCGCCAUCACGUUCACUAAAUCGACCAUACUCCUCACCAACAAAAUCAAUUGGAAGCACAGGCUCACGUCCAACCUUGGAAGAAAUUAAUGGAUCUGAUUAUGUUUGCAUGAGUGGAGGAACGUUGACUAAAAAAUUACAACAAGUUAAAGUUCCACCACAGCCGGGACAACAGCAACAACAACUUCAACAGCCACAAGUUGUUUUUCAGAAACCACCGGCAAUUCCACCACUUGCAAAUAUUGAUUUGAAAAUGAAUUAUGUAACACCGGCAAAUGAGUUGCCUCAGGCACAAUAUUCCACUGCAGCUAAUCAACAAAUCGAUGCGAUUGCUGUUGCAAAACAAUCUGUGAACUUUAAUAAUUUGUCAAACUCACCGACAGCUGUCUCACCAACGCCAUCAAACCUUUCAGCCGGAUCUGGAAAGAUUAAGUUUAAAAACUUACUUCCAUACAGCGUCACAUCACGACCAGCUGGUAAGACAGAAGCUGAAAGAAAGAUAGAAGAAUUAACGCGAAAACUCGAGGAAGAGAUGGAAAAGAAUGAGGAGCAGGGCGAAUAUUUUGGGAUUUGUCAUACUUGCAAAGAAAAAGUGACAGGAGCUGGUCAAGCUUGUCAAGCGAUGGGCAACUUGUAUCACACCAAUUGCUUCAUUUGCUGCUCAUGUGGGCGAGCUUUAAGAGGAAAAGCUUUUUACAAUGUGCAUGGACGUGUUUACUGCGAAGAAGAUUAUUUGGUAGUUUUUCUUGUUUUCCUUUUGAAAUCUGUCGAUUGUCUAAUUAAUGAGAGAAUUUUUCAGUAUUCGGGUUUCCAACAAACAGCUGAGAAAUGCAAUAUUUGUGGUCAUUUAAUCAUGGAAAUGAUUCUACAUGCUAUGGGAAAAUCAUAUCAUCCUGGUUGCUUCCGUUGUUGCGUUUGCAAUGAAUGCCUUGAUGGCGUUCCAUUUACUGUCGAUGUUGACAAUAAGAUUUAUUGUGUUAAUGAUUAUCAUCAUCUUUUUGCACCAAAAUGUGCAGGAUGCAAGAAAAGCAUAACACCAGUUCAAAAUCCUGACGCAAACACUGAAGAAACUGUUCGCGUUGUGUCAAUGGACAAAGACUUUCAUGUCGAUUGCUAUGUUUGUGAAUCAUGUAACAUGCAAUUAACUGAUGAGCCUGAUAAGAGAUGCUAUCCUUUGGACGGUCAUUUGCUAUGUCGCAAUUGUCAUUUGCAACGAAUCAACUCGCACAAUCGGAUGCUUGAACCAGCAACGGUCAGCUAUCAAUUUUUGGGCUAAUUUUAGAGUCGCUUCUGGUAAAUAUUAAUUAAACAUCUUUUUUUUCUUUCUAUCGUUCUAUGAAAGAAAAACUUAAAUGUAACUCGCUUUUAUAUCUGCAUCUAUUGAUGAUAAAUAAUGUCUAUGGAAAUCAUUUGUCUCACGAUUUUUCGACUAUGCUUAACAUCAAGAAUCUUGCAAACAUUAUUAUCGUAUUGAUAAAGCAAAACAUUAAUUACUUGUGAUAAAAUCUUUUUUCUCUUAUUUUUGAAUUUAAAAAUAUUAAUUUUUUAAAGAAAAGAAAAUAUUUUCGAGGAUAAUUAAUGUGAACUUUAUUUGCAAUCUCGAAACAUUCCAUUUUAUGUUUUUAUUCUUUCUCUUUGACUAAUUUUAUGUGGGAAAUAAUCAUUGAAAUAAUUAUCAACAUUAAGAAAGGAAGAAAGUAUUAUUUGAGAAUUUUCAUUAUGAAGAAUAAUUAUCUAAAUAGGUGUGAAAAAAAUCGAACAAUAAUCUGAUAAUUUAAUAAAAUUUAAAGAAAAAAAC